UUUCUGCUUCCCCCAACCCGACGACGCCUGUCCCCCAAUUGCAUCCGGAGCCGUCCUCCCGCGCUCUCUCUGCCGAUCGGCGAUCGGCGAGGGGUGCAUGCGGUCCGUUCGACAAUCGCAGCUCCACUGCUUGCCGUAAUAGUCUUCAUCGAUCUUCGUCUCUCCGCGGGCUGCAACCGGCGGGAGUCGACGCCGGGGACACGCAUCGUCUUCGGACAGGUGCAUAACCAUAUACAGAAAAUUUGCAAGUUGCUUCUAUCUAGUGUUGGCAUCAAAGUGGAGUUGAAUGAAUGAAUCUUUAAGGUCACUGUACUACCUCUUUUUUUAGCUGCAAAAUCUGGUUGCAUUGCAGUGCUGGAUCUCCUGAAAAGAAAAGCAUUAUGCGGCUUUCCUUGUCUCUCCAAGAUUUGAAGUCAUUCUCUAAACUAAAUUCAGAUGAACAUGAAGAUGACAGGAGUUAUGGGCGUUCGAAACCUUUUCAUGCUCUUCAAAAUGAAGUUAUCCCAUCAAGCCUAGUGAAGGAGAAAUCCUUACCACUAACUCAACCUAAACCAAAAAAAUGGGCACGGGCAACUCUAGGCAUCACCAUGCUUCUAUUAUUGCUAUCAUUGAUAUUUGUAUGCUCCAAAUUUGUUCAUUCUUAUUUGUCGCAAGAGGCAUCUAGGUAUUAUGUUGUUCUUGAUUGUGGCAGUACUGGCACUCGUGCGUAUGUCUAUAAGUGGUUGAUUGACCAAAAAGGUGAUAAAAACUUUCCUAUUGCAUUGAAAUCUUUGCCUGAAGAUCCUGAAAGGAAUCCUAGAAUGCAAAGUGGCCGCGCUUACCAGCGUAUGGAAACUGAGCCUGGUUUUGAUAAACUUGUUCAUAAUGAAUCGGGCAUAAGGGCUGCUUUGCAUCCACUACUUCAGUGGGCCGAGAAACAAAUACCAAAGCAUGCUCACAGAGGCACAUCUGUGUUUCUACUUGCUACUGCUGGAGUACGUGGGUUGCCUGGAUCUGAUUCAGAUUGGCUUCUAAACAAAGCAUGGGAUGUUUUGAAGAACUCAUCAUUUUUAUGCAGGAGAGAUUGGAUUAAGAUUAUAUCUGGUAUGGAGGAAGCAUACUAUGGGUGGAUAGCUCUUAACUAUCACAUGGGUCUAUUGGGCUCCUUGCCAGUUGGGAAGACUUAUGGGUCACUGGAUCUUGGGGGUUCAUCAUUACAAGUUACAUUUGAGACAGAGACACUAACACAUCAUGAUACAAGUAUAAGUUUGAGGAUUGCAUCUACUAGCCACUAUCUUAAUGCCUAUUCUCUGUCAGGUUUUGGAUUGAAUGAAGCAUUUGACAAAUCUGUGGCUCAUCUUUUCAGAAAGGUUGUUGGUACUUCAGAUGGUUUCAACAAUGAGAAGUUCCAACUUAGACAUCCUUGCUUAAAUAGUGGAUACAAGGAAGAAUAUACAUGUUCACGCUGUACCCCUAACCUAGCAGCGACUCCUGGGUUUGGAGGGAGAACUGGAACAGUUGUCGAACUACUUGGUACUCCUCAGUGGGAGGAGUGUAAUGCCCUUGCAAAAUUAGCUGUUAAUCUCUCAGCUUGGACGCAUUUAAGUUCUACUGUUGAUUGUGAACUUAAACCAUGUGCUCUCAGUGACGAUUUACCGCAUCCUCAUGGGAAAUUUUAUGCCAUGUCAGGUUUCUUUGUGGUUUUCCGGUUUUUUGGUUUAUCUUCUGAGGCUUCUCUUGAAGAUGUACUUAAAAAGGGCCAGGAGUUUUGUGUUAAACCAUGGGAAGCUGCAAUGAAUAGUGUUGCACCACAACCAUACAUAGAGCAAUAUUGUUUUAGGGCUCCUUAUGUCAUAUCCCUUUUGAGAGAUGGGUUGCAUAUCAAUGAUAGUCAGGUGGUUAUUGGCUCUGGUAGUAUUACUUGGACAUUGGCAGUAGCCCUAUUGGAGGCUGGGCAGACAUUUUCAAAUUUAUCUGAAGUGCAUGGCUAUAAGAUUGUGCCAACAGACAUGCAUCCAGCUUUCCUUGUGGCAAUGCUUUUGUUUUUGGUUUUAUUUCUUUGUUAUGCACUAUACUGCAUAAGAAAAAUGAUUCCAAAAUUAUUCCGACGAUCAUAUCUCCCACUCCACAGGCACAAUAGUGUACCAAGCUCUGUUCUUAGCCUCCCUUUCCAGAGGUGGAGUCCUAUUAAUUCUGUUGAGGGAAAGAUAAAAGCACCACUCAGUCCUACAAUUGAUGCUUCUGAGCAGCAUCCAUUUAGCAUGGGACAUGUUUUGGGAAGCAGUAAUACUCAAGAACCUUCAGUGAAUCAAUUAGCCAGUGCUCAUAGUUAUUCAUCUGGUAGCUUAGGCCAACUACUGUUUAUCAAUGGUGCUGGAUCCUCCUGGACACCCCAUGGGAGUCAGAGAAAACUUUCAAGCAGGAGAUCUCAGUCAAGAGAAGAUCUCAGUUCUUCAGUAGCAGAAGUUCACACAGUGAAGGUUUGACUACAAACAUGCUACGAUCCCUGAGACUGAUAGUACUAUUUGUAUUUGAUUGCCUUAUAAAGAAUACCUUCAGCAUAAAAGCCUUUCCUUAUAAAGAAUACCUUCAAUAUAAAAAAUGGGGGUUAUCCAAUUGUCUCUCAGAUUUAACAACUGAAGGGUAUUGGGGAGAAAUAGAUGAUUUUUGAAUUAACAUGAGAAGCUACCUUCUGAAUCACUUUCAUAUUUCUAAAGGUUUCAGUUCUUAUGUAAUAAAUUGGAUUCCCAAUGAUUUGCCAAUUUAUAUAUAUAUAUAUAUAUGUAGUAUUUGUUUACCUUAA